AAUACUGGUAGAGGUGAGGUUAUGUUAAUAUGUUUGUGACUUUGUGUUUGUGAACUGAAAUAGUGAAAUUAAGUCGUCAAAUAGUAUUUGGAGAAUUUAUCGAUUACUUUUUACAUAAACUACAAUCUAAAAAUGUUGAAUAAAAUUUUAUAUAACACAGUACUUUGCCAAACUUUUUCACCGUGUGGUAGAUAUUUAGUUGCCGGUAAUAUUUACGGCCAAAUAGCGGUUUUCGAUUUGGAUAAUAUAUUUAAUCCUGUGGUUGAACAAUUGACAACAGAUUUUAACAAACCAAAAUACACGCAUUUGCUAGACCCUGACAAUCAGAUAUGUAGCCUUGUGACCACAGAUAAGUUUUUAAUAGUUGGAACAGUCAAUGAAAUAUCAGGUUGGAAUUGGAAAGUCAUUCUUAAUUCUAAAUUAACAAAACCUUCAUGGACUAUUAAAGUGCAGUCUAAGUCACUUAUUGAGAAAUGUGAUAUAAAUUGUCUGUGGUAUAAGGAAGAAGAAGGAAAAUUAUAUGCAGGAUGUGGAGAUAGUAAAGUAUAUGCAUAUAACUUGGAAGAUGGUAGAUUAGUGUCAACAUACGAAGGGCACUCGGAUUUCAUUCACGGUAUUCACAGCCAGGGUCAGCAGUUGAUCUCGGCCGGUGAAGAUGGUUUAGUGUUACUAUGGGACCUGCGAGUAAAGAAUUCUCAUAAUAAAAUUGUCCCACAUAAUAACAGUAAAGCUUCUAGACCCGACAUAGGCAAGUGGGUUGGUGCGGCCGCAUUAAGUGAUGAUUGGAUUGUAUGCGGAGGAGGUCCAAGGCUCUCCCUUUGGCAUUUACGUUCCCUGGACGCUGUUACAGUAUUUGAUAUACCAGACCGUGGUAUUCAUGUGUCAUUUUUCCAAGAUGACUGUGUCUUUGCUGGUGGUGCUGCCAAACAUUUGUACCAGUUAAGUUAUUCCGGAGAAGUGAGAGUUGAGCUACCAGUGUCAGCAACCACGGUAUAUUCAGCCGUGCUCAGAACAAGCCCUAAUAAAGUUUUGACUAUCGCCGGUUCCAGUCCUGAGAUAGAUCUAUGCACGUCCUUCAAUUAUAGAGACCAAGUUUUACAUUUUCGAUAACUAAUUAUUAUACAAUAUUUUUUUUUUUUUUUCGAAA